UCAUGAGCCUGAACAAGAAAGAAAGAUCAUAAAAAAUAUUGAUAUUCAGUUAAGAAAUAGAAUCGUAAAAACAGAUCGAAUACUGUGCAUUGUGUCGAAAGCAUAGAAAAAAAUUCAGAAUAACAAAGAUUAUUUGUAUUAAUUUCAAAAUUAUUCGUGCACGGCAUAAUAUUUGUUUGGCAGAGGAUAAAAUCAUGUUAAGGGUAAAAACAUAGAAGGGGAAGUGAAAUCGUUUUAUUAUAGGGUUCUUUGAACCCGCGUAUAAAUAUGGGAUCAUGUUAUACGUUAAUGACAAUUAAAAGUGAAGAUUCUUCGAAAAGUCAUGGGAAAUCUUCUUUUAAAGAGCGGCAACGAUACUCCCUUGACUCUCCCAAAGACAGCAGAGCAUGAGGUCAAGGUUCAUUUUGCUCGCGAGUUUGCUGAUGUAGGAUCGGUCACGGAAAAUCUCUUGGCUCCGGAGAGUCUUUCGUCGGCCAGCAGUUUCCAUAGUCUCAGCAGUACUCUCAGUAUCAAAACCAGUAGCGGCAUAUGUACCGAUUCGACACCCGAAACUCCUGAUAACGUAGCGGACACAUCAUAUGUGAACUCCAACAUACCCGGUGUAGAGGAUUUGAUCCUCGCGUGUGCAGACAUCCAUUUAGGAAGUGAACACGACAGUCAGGAUCUCAGUCAAGAUCAGACGUUUACAUCGGCCGUAGACGAGGUACCGUUUCCCACAAGAGAUUGUUCCCUUAACGAAGAUUUCUUAGACAACGCCGAUAAUGAAACGGCGAUUGAGACAAGUUCUCAAUUAUGCAAGACAACGCCUUUGAAUCAAACGCAUAUUUUGGGAUCGUCUAAUAACACACUUCCCGUUCAAGAUUCACAAUUUGUGACUUCAUAUCCUCCUGCGGAAGAAUACGUACUACAAGUAGAAGAAUCGAUUGAUAAGCAUAUUCCGUUACAGGAAAGUGCUACAGUAACUGAGAUUGAAACGUGCAACAUUGUGAGUAAUCUUAUAAAGGAUUCACUGCCAACAAGUAAUGUGAAUGAUAAUCAGUUGGAUAUAACAACUAUUAUUUCAUCCAAUAAUACAACUUUCGAUGUGAUCGCGCUUAAUGAAGAACAGACAGUAAAAAACGAUUGCAACGCCGAAACACUAUCCUUAGAAGAUCCACAGUCGUGUCCUACCGAAAUUUCUGUUCCGUCCAUAUCCCCGUUAGCGCAAUAUGCGGAUCUUUCGUUAUCUAGUAUAUCCAAUAUAUCUUCACCAUUAGAACAUACUGACAGUAGUAAAACGAAAGAAACGAGUAUACAAACUUUAUCAGAGUUUAAACAGGAUACGUCAACUGUAUUGUCACCUUCCGACAAUUUUGAUCAAAAAUUGUGUGUAUCAUCGCAAGUAAUUGUAAAUAAUUCUAUUACUCAAACUGAAACGAACGAAAUUAUCAAGGAGCAAGAGUUGUCUGAAUUAGAUAUUGUAUCAGAUAAGGAAGAUAACAUACUAUUACCAAAUAAUAUCAGUAUUAUAGAACCAAAAACAUCAGAAGUUGAAGAAAACUUACAGACAAGUGUCGAUAAAAAAGAUUUAGAGGUAGAAAAUAGCGUAGUUUUGAAUGGAGUACAGAAAUUAUCUGAAGAAGAAAUUGCCAUAUGUAAUGAGACCCAUAUUAUAGAAAAACAAAAUAAUUCAUCAGAAACUGUAAUUAUAGAAAAGGAAAAAUGUAUCGUGGAAAGUGCACCUACGACGAGUGAUAGUAAAAAAGACACAUCUAUUGAAAUUCUCGAUCGUACACUUACUUUACAAGAGAUAGAUAUCAACUUUGCACCAGAUGAAGAACAAUACGAGGAAUUUAAACCUCAAAGACAAAGUACUACAUUGUCAUUGAUCAAUGGACAUUUUGAAGAAUUAAAAUCUACAGUGGAAAAAGUUACUAAUGAGCUACUUAAUCCUUCACUUGAAUUUACGGAAGAGACAGAUCAAUUUGUCAGUGCAACACCUGAAUUUUUCCAAGAUCCCUCGACAUUUGAUUUUUUGUUAGCACGAAGUAAUAAUCCUACCCAUACAAAUCGCCUUAGAACCGAAUCUUUGUAUGUUAAGUUUGACCCAUUGGUAUCAAAUAUCAGCAUGUUGCCUCAAGGAAAUGCCACAAUAAACGAAGAGAAAAAUGACAAAAAUGAAUCGCCACUUCCUGAUGUUGGUACACCAAAACGUAAUCCUGCCAUAGCAGCUAUAGACAGGCUGCUUUUUUAUAGUCCUCUUCCUAAUGCAACAGUCCAAAAGUCAGAGGAAGUUCAAGAAAAAAAUGAGCAACCAGUAGAAGAGCCUAAAUCAGACGCACCACUUAUUGAUCAUAUAGAUAUGAGUAAAGAACUUGAACUUGUAAGAACGACGGUAUUACAAUUGGAAGAAGAAUUGGAGAAACAGAAAAAGGAACACGAAGUAGAAUUGGAAAGACAGAAAGCAAUCUUUCAGGAAAAAAUUAAUAAACUACAGGCACAAAUGUCACAAGAAAUAAAAACCAAAACCCAAAUGACGGUUGUUGUGGAAGAAUACGAAAAAUCGAUUAGCAGAUUACUCACAGAACGAGAAAGAGAUCGUACAAGCUUCGAACAAGACAAGAUAAAAUUGCAAGAAGAAUUGCAAGCAGCAAACCAUCAUCUAACUAAUACGGAAGCAGCAUUCAACGAUGUACAUCAAAAGUAUGAAAGACUUAAAGGAGUUGUAUCAGUGUAUAAAAAUAAUGAAACUGUACUAAAAGAAAGUAUCCAGGAGAAUGUAGAAACCAUAAAAACAUUGGAAACGCGAUACGAUCAACUCAAGGAACAUGCAAUGGCUCAACUAGAAAAGGCUAAUCUAGAAUUGGAUGGAAUACGAAAACAGAAUGAAGCGGAAACAGUCAAAUUGCAUGCAAUGAUAAGGAAAGCAGAACUUAAAAGCAAUUCGCUCGCCGAACUUGUGGAGCAAAAAUCUAAGGAAAAUAAAGAACUUGCAAAAAUCUUAGAUGAAGUUAUCGCCAGGGUCGGUCACGGAAACUCGGAAUGAAAACGAGGU